AAAUCACGGUGUACGCUGGGCGGGCAUUGUGAAGCUGUAGUUGAGUGUUAGCAGGCUAACUAGAGAAAGAAAGCUAACUAAUCGUGAGAGUGGAAGUGGAGCUAACGUUAAAGGAAAAGGCAACUGUCAAAACAGCACGGGGAGCAGAGAUUCCAGUGAAGUGAUACUUCCGUUAGUUGACUACAUGAACAGAUUUGUAGGAAGUUGAUCAAAGAGCGUGUUUGUCAGAUGCCCGAGGAGCAUUUUGGAUACUACAUCGAUUGUCCCAUUUCCAAACGGAAACCAUUUCUGGACAGACAGUUUCGUGCUUGCUAGCUAGCUAGCUAGCUAGCUAGCCAAGUGAAUCAUCCAGGAGACUUUUCAUUGUCACCUAUAAAACCCAAACUGAAUGUUUUGUCUGUCAUGAGUCCGGCCGGGUGCUCCCAUGUGAACGGUUAUAAGGUGGAUAAUUGGAAACAAAAUCUUCGAGUCAUAUACCAAUGCUUUGUGUGGAGUGGUACUGCUGAGACGAGGAGACGCAAGGUGCUUCAGAGUGAUGCAGGAUGGACAGAGCUGGCCAAGUCGUGUAUCUGUCACAUGUGUGGCGCCCACCUCAACCGGCUCCACUCUUGUCUCUACUGCGUCUUUUUUGGCUGCUUCACGAAGAAACACAUCCACGAGCACGCAAAAAACAAGAGACACAAUCUAGCGAUAGACUUAUUAUACGGCGGAAUAUAUUGUUUUGUGUGUCAAGACUACAUAUACGACAAAGACAUGGAGCAGAUUGCCAAAGAGGAGCAGAGGAAAGCCUGGAAAUUGCAAGGCAUUGGGGAGAAAUACACGACGUGGGAGCCGACCAAGAGGGAGUUAGAGUUAUUACGACACAAUCCAAAGCGGAGGAAAAUCACUACGAACUGUACCAUAGGUUUACGAGGGUUAAUAAACCUGGGCAACACAUGUUUCAUGAACUGUAUCGUCCAGGCCCUCACACACACGCCGCUGCUGCGAGACUUCUUUCUCUCCGACAGACACAAGUGCGAGAUGCAAUCAAACUCCUGUCUGGUGUGUGAGAUGUCGCAGCUCUUUCAGGAGUUCUACUCGGGUCACCGUUCACCUCACAUUCCCUUCCGGCUGCUGCACCUGGUGUGGACUCAUGCACGUCACCUCGCAGGCUACGAGCAGCAAGACGCCCACGAGUUCCUCAUCGCAGCGUUGGAUGUACUACACAGGCACUGCAAAGGGGACACCAUCAGAGACGACAACGGGAAGAAGGCCAACAAUCCAAACCACUGUAACUGCAUCAUUGACCAAAUCUUCACUGGGGGCCUGCAAUCAGAUGUGACCUGUCAAGUUUGUCAUGGGGUUUCCACGACAAUAGAUCCAUUCUGGGACAUCAGUCUGGACCUUCCUGGCUCAUCGACGCCUUUCUGGCCCCUCAGUCCUGGAGGGGAUGGCAGCACAGUGAACGGAGAGAGCCACCUGUCAGGGUCCACCACGCUCACAGACUGCCUACGCAGGUUUACCCGGCCUGAGCAUCUAGGAAGCAGUGCCAAAAUCAAGUGCGGCGGUUGCCAUAGUUACCAGGAGUCCACCAAACAGCUGACAAUGAAGAAGCUCCCCAUCGUAGCAUGUUUUCAUCUCAAACGGUUUGAGCACUCUGCUAAACUGCGGAGGAAGAUCACUACAUAUGUUUCCUUCCCUCUAGAGUUGGACAUGACCCCAUUCAUGGCAUCCAGUAAAGAGAGCAGAAUGAACGGGCAGUAUCAACAGACGGUUGAUGUAUUAAACAACGACAAUAAGUAUUCCUUGUUUGCGGUGGUCAACCACCAAGGCACAUUAGAGAGUGGCCACUACACCAGCUUCAUCCGCCAGCACAAAGACCAGUGGUUCAAAUGUGAUGACGCCAUAAUCACCAAGGCCAGCAUUAAGGAUGUACUCGAUAGUGAAGGGUAUCUCUUAUUCUACCAUAAACAGUUCCUCGAGUACGAGUAGUCUCUGCGACCACUGACCACAAAGAACCACUGCUUCUAACGCGAGAGUCAAGGGGACUGGGGACAGGAUGAAAACACAAACACACAAACCUACCUGAAACUCUUUGACUUAACCAGUCUGCUCCUCCGGCUCUGGAGGAACACAAAAUAAAAUAAAAAAAAAAGACGUGUGAAAUCAUGCAACCUUUUCAAAAGAGAGAGAGAGGGAGAGAGAGGAAGAGAGAAAAAAACGAGCACUGAGCUACUUCUUGGCAUCUACUUGACUAAAGCGAAUGAAGAGGAGGAAGAGGAGGGAGGAGGAAGAGGAGGGCAUCGUCAGUUCCUGGCUUGGGCGAGGAGAGAAGAGGGCCCCCCCACACGAAACACACACACACACACACCCCUCGCUCUCUCUCUCUCCCCCUCCCUCCCCCUUUCCUGCUGCAGGGCCAGAGUCUGAGUAACCGACUGUCAUGUCGAUUGGGCACAUCUGGAUUUUCUUUUUUCUUACAGUAUUCUGAACCCACUCCCACCUCCUCCUCCCCCCCACCACACACACACACACACACACAUGCACACACAUGCACACGCACCCUCCAUCUCUCUCCCAUGGUGCUCUUGUUUCAACUGACCAAGCAUUUAACUUAGUCGCGACUGAAAAAGACAAAGUUGUCAUAUGCAUAAACGGGACUGAACGCAAAAAAAACCAACAAAAAAACAAAAAAAUAGAAUCAACGUAUUAUGAACUUUGCAAGAACAUUUUUUUUAAAAAGGUAUGGUUAUGAUUCUUAUCAUUUGUGACUUUAGUUAUGAAAAUACUGUAUGAAUCUAGUAUACAUCUAUUUUUUAAGAGCGAAGAAACACAUGGGAGAGCUCAGAGACGCUGCCUUUGCCAGUGGCUGGGGGAAGCGCUGCCAUGGAAACUAAAGCAGAUUUGGACCUGAGUGUUGCUCAUGUUCCAUUAUUUACUGUGUUGAUUGUUUUAUUUUUAAGUCUGGUUGAGGGCAGGGAAUAUCUUUUUUUUUUUUUUUUAGCAACUCAUUGAAUUUCUGAGUUUUUUUGUUUACUGUGUCUUCAUGUUUUUGUUUUUUUUUUUCUAAAAAAAAAGGUUUCGUAUGUCCCCCUCGCUGUCCUGGUACUGGAAAUGUUUGGGGUUUUUUUUUGGACGUAUUAUACUUGCAUUCUUGUGGAAUUGUUGGUAUAAUGAUGGUGAUGAUUAAAUUGGCUCACCUCUUUUUUUUUUUUUUUUUCUUUCUUUUUUUUUUUUCUUUUUUCUUUUGCUGUUUAUGAAUUGUAUGUUGAAUGUGAGCUUUGGGUAUUUCUGAACAGAACACACGAUUAACUCCAAGAUGAGGGGUCCGGUGAUGAUGAUGCGAGAAUUGCUGUGGUCGCUUCCUCAGCGAGCACCUCGAAUGCUCUGUGCAGAGGAGAGAGAGAGAGAAAAAAGGAGAAGACAAGAGCCUGUUUAACAACACUGCAUGCUACUGGGCUCUCAUGAUCUUCUGAUUUGUGAGAAAUCGCCCCUCAAUAACGCCUCGAGGCUGGGCUGCCCAUCAUGAUUUAUUUUUUUUUGUUCUGUAGUUCGGGGCUUGGACAGACGAUCACGCCAGAUAUAUAGAGGUUGAAACACAUUGCACGUUAUAUGGGCGACUGUGCGACCACAGGCUGGCUCUGAAUCCAUCAGUGUUAAUCUUCUCCAUGGCAACUGUGUGGCUGGUGUAGACCGGUGUGGUGCGUCUUGCCUCUGCAGUGCAGUAAACCCAGUGCUCUAUUCAAUCAGUAUGCUGUCGAAGUCGAGAACUUUAGAAAAAUUGCACAUACACAUCAGGGUGUUGUGGUCUGUUUUUGUUUGAAUAUCACUUGAUAGUGUCUGUAUUAAAAAGAAAAAAAAAAACUACAAAAAAAAUCACUCAUGUAAAAGAUGAGGGCUCUAACCUGUCACAAAGUUAAUGCCACAUUAAAAAAAAGAAAAAAAAAAAAAGAAAGAAAACCACAACCCCCUGGUUGUUUAGCUGCUCUGUAAUUAAAAUAAAAACAAACAUGCAUAUCCUUUGGUCUGCUGCAGAACCUCAGCUCGAAGGCAACGGUGGGUUUUCCGAACAGUGAAAUCAAAGACUUGUAAAAAAGAAAAAGGAAAAAAAAAAAAAUGGUCGCACUAUGGUUUUGAUGUAUCAUGGAGCAGUUAAGGCCACCCAAGGACAUUCAGGGACGCAGCUGAAACGAAAACAAAAAAAAAAAAAAAA